AUGAGGAUCGAUACGGCCAUGCACGCCACUCCACCACCAUCAGAAGUAGCGCCAAUAGCUUCGACCUCGACGGCUCAUACUCUGACCCACGCCCAACCACCUACUCGUGUGACGCCGUCGCCGUCCUCCUCGUCAUCAUCCACCACUCGUCGACGCGUCGCUCCAUCGUCCCACGAUCCUCAUUCCUCCCCUACGCGUCUUCGGGCCGUAGCCUCAGCGCCGAACGGGGAUCCUUCUACCGGCCCUAGUUAUCAGCUCAAGUACACGCUCCGAGGACACACCAAGCCCAUCUCGGUCGUGCAAUUCUCACCGGACGGGAAAGCGUUUGCGACGGCCAGUAAGUUCGACCGCGGAAGGCUCAACUUGAAACUCGUCUGAGCCUCCUUCAGCCCUAAUCCUCUCCCCAAUCCCAAUCCCAAUCCCGAACCCCCAGGCUCCGACACUUGCAUCCAUCUCCAUCGUCUUCCCCACUUUCCCCUCGUCCGAACCCUCGACUCUCACACCAAGGGUAUCUCCCACCUAAGUUUCUCCUUCGACUCGCGCUACCUCGCCUCCACCUCCGACGACAAGACCGUUCGCAUAUGGGACCUCACAGCACCUUAUACCUCUGAUACGCCUUCCUUGGUCGGCAAGAGGAGCUUGGAGCAAAGGCACGAAGCGAGUCAGAGGGUUCUCCAUGGUCAUUUGAGCGCCGUGUUUUGUGUCGCUUGGAAUCCGAGGGGGGAUCUAGUCGCGAGUGGGGGCAUGGAUGAGACCGUGAGGGUGUGGGAUGUACAAAAGGGUCAGUCCUAAGUCUUCUGGGACGAAAUUCGGUUGGAGGCGAUGCAGAACAGCUGGCGGAAACGAAAAACCUAACUUGCUUCCGGUCUACAGGCACCUGUAUGAAAGUCCUGCCCGCACAUUCCGAUCCCGUCAGUUCGGUCCAGUUCAAUCGAGACGGCACCAUCAUCGUCAGCUGUUCGUGGGAUGGAUACAUGUGAGCUGUUCGGCGAGGCUAUGGGCGAACGCUCGCGCACCCGUUGGGAAACUGUCCAGCUCACGUGACCACCCCUCACCUCGUGAUCCGCGCCCACAGUCGUAUCUGGGAUACAGCCACGGGACAAUGUCUCAAAACGCUCGUCAAUGACGAUAAUACACCCGUGUACGUAACUCAACCGACCCUGCAAGACUAAACUACUCUUCCCCAACUAACACCUUCCUACUACUCCAGUUCGCACGUCUGCUUCACCCCGAACGCCAAAUUCAUCUUCACCUCGACGUUGGAUUCCCAAAUCCGACUCUGGGAUUAUCAGAACGAUUUGACGCUCAAGAACUAUGCGGGGCAUGUCAACAGGAAGUACGUCGACAACCUGCUCCAAGGUGGCUGGCUGCGUGCGGAAGGAGAAGCAAGCUCUAAAACUGACAUGCUUUUGCGUUUGGACCCUCCCCCCCCCCCCCUCCCCCUUCCUGCCCAGGUAUUGCAUUCCCAUGGUGCUCGACUCAACUGGACGCUGCAUCAUCACCGGAUCGGAAGAUCAUCGUGUCCUGAUCUGGGAUCUACAAACGAGAAAAGUCGUGCAAACUUGGGAAGCGCAUCAAGGUGGAAACCCUUUCAUUCAUUGUCUUUCCGCGAAAAGCCAAGAAUAGGGAUCGCUGAUGCUUUGCCUUUGUGGGGGAGGUGUUUUUUAUACUUAGAUGUGGUGAUUUGCGUCGCCAGUCAUCCUAGUUUCAAGAUGCUCGCAAGUGCCGGAUUGGAGAAAGUGAGUUGCGCAGUUCGCCGGCGACAUAAGCGCAUGUUUUUUCAAAUUGACUGAGUGCCAUUUAUUGCCAAACUUACAGGACCCCACGAUCAAGAUUUGGGUGGAUGGGGAAGGGAUGGUGAAUGAGGAGCAGGAGCAGGAGCAGGAGCAGGAGCAGGAGCAAGAAGUAGAGGAGCAACAAGAGCACCAAGAAGAAGAGGCGUACGAGGAAGAUGAUGAGUACGACGAGGACGAGGACGAGAGGGAUACCGAACUCGUUUCACCACCACCUCCCAAAGUACAACAGACGAUGAUCGAGGGUUCGCAAGAGGAUAAAGACGAAGAAAUGGCGGACGCUCCAACGAUCCGACCGGCUGCGACGUCUUCUUGA